UGUAAAUAAUUUUCUUCCAAAAUCUUAUUAAACGAUAGAAAAUUUUAGAGAACUUCGAAGGCUGCCUUGAUCAAGCGAUAGACCAGACUCUAAUAAACAAUACGUAGUACCUUCAUGACCUCUUAGAAACACACAAGCUAUGCCGUAAUCUUCUGAAAGCGACUUUUAUAUUCCUUGAGCCUUACCAUAAUCUCUCCUAACAAUAACACUUCCAAGGAUUGCCAGGAAGAGUUUGAUUCUCAGAUUAAGACAGCAAGUGACCUAAGAGAUUCUUUCAACUUCGGUAGAGUUUAGUUGCUCAAAAGAGUUUGAGAGAAGAGUAAUCACCAAAUAAUUAGCAUGGUGACAUCUAUAUUCUUGUCGAAAUAAAGUUCUUAAUGAUUUCUAACUAUGAGCCCAAAGAAAUCAAAAGGAAAAGAAGUAAAAGCUAGUGCCUCAAACUAUAGUGAAGUUUAGCUCAAGUCAGGGGGGUUCAGAAGCCAGCCUGCUGAAUUAUUGAAGAUUUUCUAUUUAAAAUGGCAGCACAGAAGGGACCAAAUGACGAAAUAUCAAUAAAAUUAUGAUAUAGCUAUUGCUAUCCUUAAAAGACGGAGCUCAUUACUAUUUCUGAAUGGUUGAGUUUUAUUGAUACUACUAAUUAUGUUACGACCAAAUUUUAAAGGGUAAUUUAAUUCAUCAAUUUUUUGACAAUGAUUAUCUCAAGAUAUUAAUAAUAUUGCAUUCCAAAUUGCAAGAAUAUGCUAAAUAAGCCUUAAAUAUUGAAAUUACUCUAAUGACGUACUUCUGGCUAUCCCAAAGGCAUAAUAUUGGUCUAAAAUCUCGAGGACUUAAAAUAUCAACACUAUGUAUCAAAAAUCGACUUAAUUUUGCUAAAAAUGAGCUAAACAACUUAUCUAGCAUGAGAACCUCGUCUCACCUGCCCUAUGGAAUAUCUACUCCUUUUCCCAGCUUGUUGGCAGUGGACCUAUAUAGGUGUUAGGUUAGCAAGUAGACAUGAAUGAUUCAUGAAUCAAUGAAAUACUUACAAAGUUGUUUCACCAGGUUAUGAUUCCCACUCAUGAAUGACGCAUUUGUUUGAUCUUCGAAAGAUACAUGGCUGGAUGUUUCUAGAAAAAUGACUAAGAAAGAAUUGAGCAGUUGGAGCCAUUUCUGGGGCUUUAAUAAUAUCGAGAUGUUUUAGAAAGUCUGCAGACGGCUAAUAGCCAUCCAAAUGUCCAUAUGGAUUUUUUACUAAAUUUGAAUUUUGGGCAGAAUUAGUUGAGCAAUGAUUUUUGUUGUGGAAAUCAAUAUUUCAGACCAAGUUUGUAGAAAUGAGGAUGAAAUGAGGAUUUUCUUUUACUCUUUAGGGGUAUAUACAUCACAUGAUUCAUGCAUAAUUUUAUCAAAAGCAAACUGGGCUUCUCCAGCUGUUUGGAGUAGUUGGAAGAGAUCUCACUUAAGCCUAGUGACUUUAAACUAGCCACUCACUACCAAGAGCACUCCUAUUCAAAUUGGAGAAGAAUUAUCUUAAAAUCUUGCUACGAUUCUUGCAGUCAUAAAUA